CCUCAAGUCCUCGACGUCCUCGAGUCCGUGCACUCGAUGGAGUCCGCAGACCCGGCCCCCCCCGGUGACGAUGCUUCGUCCCAGGGCGAGAAGGUGGACCAGGAGGAGAAGGUGCACUUCUCCCGUGAGGACAUGGACAUUGCCAUAGCCGAGGCUGCCAAUGCUGCUCGAGCCGAGGAGGCUGUAGCCAUGGGGGCCCGCGUAGGAGGACUGCUAGAAGAUGUGCAGGGCCUGCUUAAUCGCACUGCACGGUUGUCGAGGGAGGUGGAGAACCUGGCGGCCGAUGUCUCGGUGGCUCUGCAGGGGCUGGCCGAGAUGCGACAGCGCAUGGACCGCUUAGAGCUUGUCAAUGUCAAGGACACCCUCAAGCAGGUCCAGCAGCAGCUUGACAACAUCGAGCCGAUGCUUGGCCACCUUUGGGACAGCAGGAACCCGAAGACUCCGCCGACUCCGCCCUCGCGCAACUGCGACCGCAGCCGCUCUCCAGCACGACAUCCUGAAGACGACUGA